AUGAAUCCAGCAAAUUUCCCCAAUGUGGCCGCCGCCGCCGCCAUGCCCGGUCCUCCCAACCCCGGUCAGAUAAGCGCCCAAAACAAUCAAGUAUUUAGGCACAUAAUCCAAGUCUUGCAGUCUCAAGGCCCAUUCACCGGAUGGCGCGCUGACGUGCCACCCGAAGAGCGGGCCAAGAAGGCAUGGCAAAUGUUUGUGCUACUAUGCUUCACCCCUCAAAAUCAAUGGGACCCCAACGCUGAUCACUUGUCUGGAACAAGGAUCUCUUCUCUCCGUCUCAUCCACCCCAAGGUCAACGUUCCUACCGCUAUCCAGGCCGCUUUGAACUUUGAAGAAAAAGCCUUUCGGGAAGCCCAUCAAAAAGACGAUUACGAAAAGGAGUGCACCUCCAAACUACACACCAUCAAGGAAACUCGCGUCCGGCAAAAGAACCUUCAAGACCAAAGCCAACUACAGAACCCUGGCGCCAUGCCAGGUGCUGCAAACCCCGCCUCCGCCCAGUUCAACCCUCAAAUGACUCGCCCCAUGCAAACCUCUCCCAUUCAGAUGCCGAUGCACAUGGGCAUGAACGAUCCCACCAUGAUGCAGCAGCAACCUCGCCAGCAGCAGCAGGCCCUACAACAUCAGAACCAGAUGGGCCAGCAGCAACGCCUGAUGAACGGAAUGCACUUCAACGAUGAGCUGGCCUCCCUCACCCAGCCCGAAUACGAACAUGUCUGUGGGUUGGCCGCCCAGAUCUUCAACUCCCUCCCACCCGACGACGUCGAGCAGCGCCGCGCCGACCUCACUCGCAACACAAACAACGAAAUAAAGCAGGCCAUAAUCCAAAAGUAUGGCGACCUGUUCACCUAUAUGAUCCGCGUCCAGUGUGCCAGACGUUUUCGCGCCACCAAGCGUAACCCGCAAAUGAUGCGCACUCAAGCCAUGGACCCGAACAACCCCAUGAUGGGCUCCGAUGCCAUGCUGAACCGACAAAUGGGUGGGAACAUGAUGGGCUUGCAGCGAAAUGCCGCUCUACCGAUGACCGCCCAGCAAUCCGGUAUGGAAACCUCAGGCUUUAUGGGAAACGUCGAGAACAUUCAAGGCCAACAAGCAGAUGGCCUUCGCUCCCAAGAAGCAGGCCAGCUUGUCGUCCCCGCGAGUAAUGCCAUGGCCCAGCAGUCUUUUGCCAAUCAUAACGCCAUGUUUCAACAACCCGGUGCAACACCGCAACAAAACGCUCAAGGAGCCGCCAAUCGCCCAGGCGUUAGCCCCCAGCAGUUUUUGACUGCGCAGCAAAUGCAGAACGCCCAAAAUGCCCAACAGGAUCUCCUCCAGCAGAAUCCCCAAUUCCAGGGCCAAAACCAGCCGCAGAACCUAUCCCCGGCCCAGAUCCAGGCUCAAGCUCAAGCCCAGGCCCGUGCUCAGGCUGCUCACAACGCCAAGAUGGCCAUGGCAAACCAGCAGGCUCAAAACACCCCCAAAAUGAACCAAAAUAUCCCGAACCAGAGCCCCGCCAUGCCCAUGAUUACUCGCCCUGUUGGCCCUAACAUGUCCCCUGCACAAGCUGCCGCUCAAGGACGCCCGCCUUCAAGGGCCCCCGGCGUGGCUGGACAGCAGCAGCCAGCUAACCAGCCACAAGCAAUGCGAGGCCAGAUGCCUGGCGGGUUGCCACCGGCUCUCCAGGAACGAUUAGCUCAAAUGCCCCCGGAGAAAAUGAACGCGUUCUUGUUCAACCAACGUCGCACUAUGGCCAGCAACCAGGGGAAAGCAAACGGUCAGUCGAUGCCGGCGCAAGCCAACGUUGCCCACCAACAGCAGCAGCAGCAGAAACAACAACAGCAACAACAACAACAACAGAACGGGCAAAUCACUGACUCUGCGAUGCGAAAUAUGCAACAACAGCUUAGCGGCAUGGCUGGUGCACCACAAAACAACCCGAUGCUCCAAGGACAGCAGAUGACCAUGCAGCAACAACAGCAUCGGCAGCAGAUGCUCAGACAACAACAACUCGGGCGCCCGCCAAACAUGGGUGAGAUGACUCCAGAACAGGUCGCUCGCAUGGAUCGCGUCCCUUUCCCGCCGUCAAUUAUCAACUAUAGUGAAAAUAUUAAUCCCGCUGUUCCAAAGACGGUGACAACGUGGGGUCAAUUGAAAGAAUGGGUGCUACAAAACCCCCAGGUCCUCGGACAUGUGGACUUGCCAAAACUAUCACAGCUUCAGCGCCUGCAUCUCAUGCAGACUUUGGCGGCGCACCGGGAAAAUGGGCGAGUUGUUGCUGAGCAGGCUGGACAGCAAAAUUGGGCAGCGCCCCAACAGCAGUUUAUACCGAAUCAAGGCGUCCCGGGGGCGCAUCCGCAAGCCACUAUGCCACAUGUACCAGCUGUCACGGCUAACGAUAUUCAACUUGCUCGCCAGAAGCUUGGCCCACAAUCUAAUAGUAUAGACGAUGAACAGAUUAGGGCUCUAAUUAUAAGGAAUCGCCAGAGGAUGCUUGUUCAACAAAUCCAAUCUCACAAUAUUUCUGCGCAAGCCUUAGCUCAAAAGCAAGGCAUGCAACAACAACAACAGGCACAGGUCCAGAACCCCGCAACAAAGCAACCUACGCCUUCAAUACCACCUGCAAUCCCAGUCAGCCAGCCAACUUCAAUGUCACCGGCAGCGCCUGCCGCAAAAAUGCAAAACCAGACCCCAGCAUCGACAACAGGGAGGAAUGGAAAAGCUGGAGCUGGUGCGAAAUCCGCGAGAAAACGCCCCGCUCCAGAAGAAGUUAUUGAAGUCCAAAACCCCAAAGCUCAGCCAGCACCGCAGGCUGCUGCUGCCUUGGGCAAGCCUCCUAUGGCAGCACCGACUGCCGGUGCUACCCGCCAACCAUUUCCUUUUACUAAAGAGCAGAUUGCAUCCAUGCCGCCUCAACAACGUGCUCAGAUUGAAGCUCAUAUGAAACAGCGUCGCCCUCCGCUGGCCAGGGCUGUUGCGGAGGAAAACUGGAAUAAAGCGUUGCCCGAUAGUCUCAGGACUUCUUACAACGACAUGGCCAGAAACUAUUUUCAAGAAUCUCCGAGAAAAAUCUCUACCGAAGAGAGAGCGUUUAUGUCUCAGCAGUUGCGUGAUUCUGUGGAUAUGCUUUCGAGGCUUGAUACACUUGUUCAUUUUUUGAUCAGGGCUCAGCAGGAACAUGCUAUCAAGUCUCUGUUUUCAUGCCGUGUCCAAAUUAUGAGACAAUUCAAAAGUGCCGACUGGUCCCUCAACGACGAGUUUGACAUUUCUCCCGAGACGUUGAAGAAAUCGAUUACAGCCGUUAGGGAAACGUUCAAAGCAAUGAUCCGAACAGUUCAAUCGCAACAACCGAAAUCCAACCCCGCGGUGCCCGGCGCGCAGUCGAAUGUAGCCCCUUUGAACGCCUCAAACCUCGAGCAGCACCAGCAGCAAGAAGAAGCGAAACGAGCGAGGCGGGUGCAAAAUCAAACUGUCCCGGCGGCACCGACAUCUGCGCAGCCGCCAUUUCCCUUGGGCGAUCCUUCUCCACAAGGCGUUCCGCAUGCUUAUGGUCCUGGAGCAGGCUUCUCGCCCGACAAUAUGAAAAUCCCACAAUCAAAACGCCGCAAGCAAAGCCAUCCCGCCACUCCUGCCACGCCUACGGCUCCUGGGGCUGCUGCUCUCCCGAAAGGCGACCCUCUCAAACAAGCAAUGUUCAAAUGCUCUGUUCCAGAAUGCGAGUACCACAACAAAGGCUUUGCAACCCAUGUCGAACUUGAGAGACACGUUGAGGAAAAUCACAAGGCGAAGGAGGAGAUAUCUGAUCCUCUUCAAUAUGCUUUGGAUAGUUUUAACUUUGCUCUUGGCAAGCCAGUGGAUGAGAUGGAUCUAGUGGGAACGAAAGACGAGAAAGCGGCUGGCACUGUCGGUUCCAAGCCAAUAUCUUUGCAUACUUCGAAGAGGGACGUUAAAGCCGAGGGAGUUGCUGCAGCCACGCCACUUGGACGAGUGGUGGGUCAAGCUGAUACAAAGGCCGUCUCACCGGCUUCCCAGCAACUCUUGACUCCACGGUCAAACGUCUCUAAAGCGGCAAAGGCACCGACAUCCAAUCAAGUAUUCGUAAAGGUUGAAAAGGAUGCUGCAAAGGCUAUGAACCAAUCUAUGCCAGAGGAGAAAGUAUCGACGACCGGUUGGGCGGAUAGUAAGGUGUCUCUCUUUAGCAUCCAGGAUGCUUUUGGUCCUUCCUUGACAGAAGAAAGCCUUGGCUUCGGCGGUGAUAUUUUUGAGGAAUUUGUCAACGCCGACAUGUUUACGGGCAAGGCUGAGAACACGCCGGACUCGGUUGAUAGCAUUGGUCUGAAUACACAAACACCAAAGGAUGGGGAGAUGAUCAAAGACGACACGACGAUUACCAUCAAUGAUGGCGACGAUGACGGCCCCCUUCCUUUGGAUUGGUUCUCUCGCCCCGGACCCAUGUUCAAUGGGUCUGUCUACGAAGACCUUUGGGCAGACUGGGAUCUACUUUCGAAAGAUUCCUUGAUGGGUCCUUCUGAAAAUAACUUGUCAUUUUCUAUUCCCUAA